CGGUGGUUACCUGAGUAGGGUUCCACGGCCUUUCACUACCCGUGCUAUGCCUCUCUGGGGAGAGGUGAGACUUUGCAACAACUACCUCUUCAGUAAGUAGAACAGGCGAAUGUUGCAGAAUUUUAAGACUGGAAAAAUGAGAAACUGAGAGAAAUGAAAUUGACAGAAUUGUCCAUCUCUGCUGGUGAGGGGUGCCAGAAAAAUGAUCUUGAACCUGGUUUUAGCAUUGCCAAAUCCUUCUUUUACACCUAUAAUGGGUUCAUUCAGAAUGGGUUGGAAAACACGGAUUUAGCAAAAUCUGCCUUAAAACUGACUUGUCAAGUAAAGAUCAGCAGAGUGUCCCAGGAAGAUCACAUUCUUAAGGUACUUUCUCCACAAGUGGAAGAAUACAAUGGCAUCUUGAUGAAUGGAUCCCUGAGCCAAACAACCAGACUCACUCAGAAGCUUUAUGUGUGUUUUGCUGAACUAUUUAAGUUUGAAUACAAAAGAGGUUGCAUUGGAAAUAUUUAUGCCCCUAAAAACAUCUCCAUUGAGUGCAUAAAUAUAAUAAGGGGUAUCCUGGACUUGCUGCAAAUAACUAUAGAAAAAUCAGAGAGUGUGUACGAGUUACAAGAGGAUGGAAUUGGAGGAACUUGCCACACCAGGUAUGUUAUCCAGGAGGACAAGAUAAAUAACAAAACCACCAUUUCACGAACCAAAGACCUCAACAACUGCACAGUUAAAGUUGUGAAGAACAUUGGAAUGGCCUACAUCCAGCCUUGUCCUACAUGUGCUGUGAACAUCACAAACACAAGAGGGACUGUGGCAUUCAACUAUAAGCUGAAAUAUAUGGAUACUGGAGCCCUGAUCACACAUGUUGACUCCCAGCAGGUGUAUGCUAUCUCCCCAUUCAAUGAACUUGGUGGUACUGCUAUUAUGGAUGCAAGACAAAACCUGACUUUGAUUGAAACUACAAGCAACCAAGAAAGAAUGCCAGGGAUCCUGCUGCAAAACUAUGGAAGUCUUCAUUAUCAGUUUCCACAAGACCUGCCCCAAAUGGCUUUGCAUCUAAUAAAGAUGAACAGUACUGAGUCAAGUAUUGUGGAAAUGCUGGAGCAGUUAAUUCAGCAGAACCAAUUACAACUCCAUCCAGAAACUCCGUCCAAGUUCUUAGAACUUAUUGAGCUUUCCCGAGCAGCCACCCAUGAAAAUCUUGAAUCUUUGUGGAAACAAUUUGCAGAUAGACAGCAAUACAGAUCCUGGCUACUGAGUGCAGUUGGUGCAGCAGGAACAACUGAUACAUUUAUGUUCCUGAAGCAAAGAAUUCACAACGAGGAUCUCAGUUUCUUGGAGUCAACUGUAACUCUUACUUUGGCCUUUCAUUUAACAAAAACCAAUGGCCUUAUCUUAAAGGAAGCAGCAGAUCUGAUGACCAGCCCUGGAGUUCAGAAAUCUUUAGUGCUUCACAACCUUGCUUACUUGGCAUAUGGUUCCAUGAUAAACAGACACUGUCUGGUCUCUUCCCCUUGCCCUACUGAAAUUCUUCAGCCUCUUCACGAUCUUGCAAAUGGUGCAGCUAACACAACACACGAGGAAGACAUGGUGUUGGCCUUGAAAGCCAUUGGCAAUGCAGGAGAAGCAGCCAGCAUCAACUACAUCAAGAAGUUCCUGCCAGAAUUUUCCCUUGCUGCUAAUGCUUUGCCAGGAAGAGUCCAUAUUGAUGCAGUGCUAGCCUUGAGGAAAAUUGCAAGGAAAAAAGCUGCAGAAAUACAGAAGAUUCUCUUUCAGAUCUUUGUGAAUCGCUCUCUUGCACCCAAAAUCCGGAUAGUGGCCUGCGUUGUUUUCUUUGAAACCAAGCCUGCUUUCCCUCUAGUGACGGCUUUUGCCAGUGUGGUGCAACGGGAGAGCAAUUUACAGGUUGCCACCUUUGCCUAUUCCCACAUGAAGGUACUGGCCAGGGGCAAGAUUCCACAGCUCGACGAUCUGUCUACAGCUUGCAGAACUGCCAUUAUGCUACUCAGUCCCAGGCUAGAGAGGAUGAGCUUUCGCUACAGCAGGGUGAUCCACAUUGAUGGUUACUACCCGGAUUACAGAGCUGGUGCAAUUGGAAGAAUCUACUUAAUGAACAAUCCAAACACUCUAUUUCCAUCAGUCAUUGCCAAGAUUAGAGGCUACUCUGCCACCUCAGCAAUGGAUAUUGUAGAGUUUGCUUUCCAGCUGGAAGGCCUCGCUGAUAUCUUCAAAAGACAAGAUAUGCCAUUUCAGGAGUAUUCGACAUACAAAAAAAUUAAGGUGCUUGGGAAACUGCUCAAGGGAUGGAAGGAACUCCCUUCAGAAAAGCCUUUGGUGUCCACAUAUCUGAAAUUAUUUAGUCAUGAAAUUGCCUUUGCUCUCAUUGACAAAGAACUCUUUGAAAAGGCCAAGAAGCUAGUGACCCAACCAGCAGAGAAGCUUAUCACUCUGUUCCAAAAAGACAUAACAGGAAGAUGGACUCAGCCCAUAUUGGCAGGAGAACUUCGACACACUGUGCCUACAUGUAUAGGCUUCCCACUGGAAUUCGGCUUAUAUACCACCAGUGUGUUAGAUGUUGUAGCCCAAGUUAAUGGGCAGAUAUCUCCCCCGUUGACUAAUGACUUCAGACCCGACCAGUUGCUUAAAGCCAGCAUACGCAUUAGUGCUGAUGUUAACUCAAGUCUAUAUACUCAUAUGGUAGCAGUGAUGGGAAUCAACACACCACAUUUCCAGACUGGUCUUGAAUUCCAUGCAAAAUUCCAUGCAAACAUUCCAGUGAAAUUUGAUGCCAAAAUAGACAUGAAAGAGGAAAUAUUUAAAUUUGAAAUCACCCCAGUCCAACAGGAGACAGAGUUACUGGCUGUAAGGACUAAAUUUUAUGCUGUUUCAAGAAAUGUGGAUGAACCAAAUUCUGCUAAGAUGACCCCAGUUCCGCCGGAAAUGAUUGGAUUUGAUAUCUUAGAUCAGUGCUUUAAAUCAUCAGAAAAUGAUGUCAAAAAGCAGCAAGGACUAAGGCUUGACAUUACAUCAAGAACAUUUGGUUAUGGCUUAAAAGAAGAGUUUUACCACAGUCCAACAAAAACAUCAUGCCCCCCCAGCUCUUAUGUCAAACUAUCUAGCUUAGGGUAUCAAACCUGUCUCACCAUGAAGCAGUGCAGCACUGUGCUCUUAGGAGAAACAUACCUACACAAGUGUUUUGGAGAAUGUGAACUCAAACUUGCUGUGAAACCAGGAGCUGCUAGAACCAAAAUACAGCUGGAGAUUCAAGCAGGAUCUAAAUCGGAUUUAAGACUAAUCCAGCUGAGACACACUGAGGAAGAAGAAGAUAAUGAAUCCUCUUCAUAUGUGGACCAAAGGGCUAAAAGGAAGCAUGGAAAGACUAAAGGGAAGAAAGAGAUGGCUAAAGCCAAGAAGAGUGGAAGAACUGAACAACCCACAUUCUUGGGGCACAAUAAACCAUCAGUGCUGGUUGCUGUUCUCCGUACUAUCCAGAAUGAUAAGAAGCUCACUAUGUUCCAUCUUGAGCUACAUGCUGAUUUACACUCUUCCAGGCCUAUUGUGCAAGUAUUUGUGUCAGACUUAAAAGAAUCCAAAAGACCAAAUCUCUGUGCUGGUGUUUCCAUUCUUGAUCCUCAAAGAGCAGAGGGUUAUCUAAAUUGGGGACAGGAUUGUCGGGACUACAAGAUUGCAGCAAAGUUUGAAUAUGGACAAUAUGCUCGUUAUCCAGCUAUGCAGAUCAAGGUGGAAUGGCUCCGAAUUCCUCCAAGAGUAGAAGCUGCUGCAAGUGGGCUUUCCACAUUGGUCCCUGGUAUGGCCUACAUGUUUGGAUUCUCCCAAAUGGAACAGAAGAAUCCUUCACAGCAGAUCUCUGUCGUUGUGGCUCUCACGUCUCCAAGAAGCUGUGCUUUUGUUCUGAAGCUACAUGAUGUCACAAUUUAUGACACAAACAUCUGGCUACCGCUUCCACUCCCUGUAGGUCAACACACAGAAGAUUUAGAAAUGCAGCCCCAUGUCUGGGAUUUCAUCUCUAAUGUGCCACCCUCAGUCCUUGAAAAUCUGAAAGGUCAUUGUUCAGUAUCUCGAGGUAUUUUCACAACUUUCAACAAGGUUAGUUUUAACUACAGAAUGCCUGAAAGCUGCUACCAUGUCUUGGCCCAUGACUGUAGCCCAGAACUGAAGUUCCUGGUAAUGGCAAAGAAAGCAAAACAGUCAAACGAUCUGAAAAUGGUCCGUAUCAACCUUGUCAGUCUGGAGGUUGACAUGUAUUCUUCAAGUGGGCUUGUUAAGCUGAGGAUUAAUGGUACUGAAACUCAGGCAGAGGAUCUCCCAUACUACACUUCCAGCUCUAGUGAAUAUAUCCUUAUCAAACAUGAGAAGAAUGGUUUGUUAUUAAAAGCUCCAGAAACUGGCAUUGAAAAACUCUUCUAUGAUGGACACAUGCUCAAGAUUCAAGUACCUUUCUGGAUGACUGGGAAAACCUGUGGAAUUUGUGGAAGAUAUGAUGCUGAAUAUGAACAGGAAUAUAAGAUGCCCAGUGGAUCCAUCGCUACAAAUGCAGUGAGCUUUGCUCAGUCUUGGAUUCUUCCAGACGAUUCCUGUGCCAGAGAGUCUGCUGCCAUUGCAGGUGCAAGAACAAAUAGGCAUUGACCAGAACCCCAAGGAUGUGGUAGACGUAACUGAGGCUAAUGCGGCAUGUUCCCCUGAUAGCCUUAUGUUAUUUGACAGAAGC